AGUUAUGGUCCGAGUUUGAGCAAUGAGGACAGGAUCAGUGAGUUGCCUGAUGAUCUGCUUCUGCAGAUAUUGUCUUUACGUACAACAGAAGAUGUUGUAGCCAUGAGUGUCUUGGCUAAACGAUGGCGGUCUCUUUGGAAGAUGAUGCCUUGUCUUGAUUUUGAAUACAGUGGCAGGACUAGUUACGAGACAUUUUCCAAUAAUGUUUGCAGGUGUUUGCUUUCGCAUCAAGCUCCGGUUCUACAGAGUUUGGAUCUCUGGAUUUAUUUUACGAAAGGUACUAGUAGUAUCGAUAUCGGAAUAUUAGUUGGAACUGCAUUUGGACUCCAUGUGCGUAAGUUGGUACUCAAUAUCUUCACUGGUGGAGAACCGUUCAAAUUUCCUAGCAGUUUGUAUAACUGUGAAACACUAGAGACGUUGGAACUUGGAAGUAAUCUUGGUUCCGUCCUUGUAGAUGUCCCUUCUCCGGUGUGUCGGAAAUCGCUUAGAACUCUACGCCUUAUCGAAGUGGACUACAAAGACGAUGAAUCAAUAAUUAACCUUUUAUCUGGCUGUAUUAAUCUUGAAAAUUUGGUGGUUAAUCUAAAUGGAGAUGAGUCAUGUGAAAAUGUGGAGACUUUCACUAUUGCCGUGCCAUCCUUACAGCGGCUAACAAUUAUUGAUUAUAUUUAUGAUUCGGUCUGUGAGAUAAAUGCCCCUUCUUUGAAAUACUUGAAGAUUGAAGGGCUUCUUGUUGGAAGCGAUUAUUGUCUGACUGAGAAUGUGCCUGGCCUGGUGGAGGCAGAUAUUGCCAUCAAUGGUGAAAUCGACGAGAACAUCUUGGGAUCACUCACUUCAGUUAAACGUCUUUCCUUGAAGGUAUCACCCUUGGAGGUAAGGUUUUCAUGUGAUUAA